GAGUUAUUCCAGUUAUGCGACAAGGAAGAAAAGGGUUACAUUACAAAAUCAGACAUGCAGCGACUGAGGGCAGAGCUGCCUAUAUCUCCUGACCAGCUGGAGGUGGUCUUUGAUUCCUUGGACAAUGACGGCAAUGGAUCACUAACCUUGCAGGAAUUUACAGAGGGCUUUGGCAGUUUUCUUGGUCUCAGGAGCCCAAAUUGUUCACGUGAGAUCCUGGAGGAGGAUGAGGAGAAUACAUUGUACGAGGGUCAGGCAGGGGUCACAGAUCCAGCAAUGGAGGAGAAGAUGUUCAGUGAUAUGCUUCGCCAGGUUGGAGCUUCCCACAUCUUUCAGGAUGAGGAUGUCGUUAAGGCCAUGUGGUUAAAGCUACACAGAGAAGAACCAGACAUGACUUCAACAUUUGAAGAGUUCAUUGCCAGAUUGGCUGGUGAUAUCAAGAGGUCAAAGGUUGACUUUCAGUCAUUAGAAGCUGCCUUAAUGAGUAAGAGCAAUGAACACGAGGAGGAGGUCAAGAAACUUUAUGAAGAGAUGGAGCUGCAGAUAAAAGAGGAGAGAGAGAAGAUAUUGGCAGAGGAGAGAGCACGAGAGAGGCAGACUCGGGCCGAGCUGGAGAGUCAGCUCAAGGAGAGGGAGAAACAGCUGCAGGAGAUCCUCUCACGACACCAGGAGCUGGAGGCAAAACUGCAGACGAUAAACAAGACUGAAGUCAUGACUAAACAAGAGAAUGAACGCUUGCAAAAGGAGAGAGACCAGCUGGAGGAGAUGCUGAGCCAGUCCCGGGACAAUCUGGAGGAGUCUCGUGCCUAUAUUCAGCAGAUGCAGCUGCAGCAGAAAGAUGAGAAACGGGAGCGAGCCAUGGCAGCACUGAUGUUGUCUGAGGGUAUUGCUAUAGAACGUGAGAGCCUGGUCAAGCAGCUGGACAUUCUCAAAGAUGUGAACAAGAAACUCCGAGAUGACCAAGAUGAAGCUGGCGCCAUGGAUAUAAGGCGGGAGGGAACACUGUCAUUAGAUUCAGAGAUAAAGGAUGUUGAACCGGUACCAUCCAGACAGUCCAGCACAGCUUCCAACAGGAAGGAGCUUCACAAGCAGGGGUCAGUCUUGUCCAACUACUUCCCUGGAGGACGAAAUGCUCCACAACGGAGGUCAACAGAGCUGGUUUCUGUGGAUCUGGAUGUGGAUGGGCUGUGUGACGGAGAGGAUGUUGAAGAGAACUUUGACGCCGAGUCGCUGUUUGGAGCUAGUGUUUUCAUACCUGACGAGAAUGAAGAUCCAGAGGAGGCUAACGAUACUGUUGGUUCUUUGGGUAGUCGCGGGAGAAACUUGCGUCGACAGCAUCAUCAGAGUUCGGGAGAGGAGGAUUCUGGGAUUGGAGAAGAUAGUAGUGGCAGGGAUGGUAAGACAAAGAAAGUUAGAGCCAAGCUUCUUUUGCACAAAAGGUCACAACCCGUGGGUGCCGACUCAAAAAGUAUCAGUGAAACGUACCCGUCCAAACCACAGAGGAUAUUUAAGGUUGUCUUUGUUGGAGACUCAGGUGUGGGCAAGAGUACCUUCAUACACUACUUCUGCCACCAGGAGUUCAAGCCAAACUUCAGCACAACUAUAGGUGUGGACUUCCAGAUUAAGACAAUGGAUGUGAAGGAUUCCACAGUGAUACUGCAGCUGUGGGAUACGGCCGGACAGGAGCGCUUUCGUUCCAUGACCAAGGCCUACUUCCGCAAAGCUGAUGGUGUCAUUGUCAUGUACGAUGUGACCGUAGAGGCCACCUUCACUAGCGUUAGGAACUGGAUGUCCAGUGUUCAGGAGAAUGUGGAGCCAGGAACGGUGCUGAUGUUGAUUGGUAAUAAGUUGGACAUCUCGGAGGAUGAUGCCAAGAGGCCUGUCAAACAAAAGGAUGGAUUGCUGUUAGCAGCACAAUUUGACAUGCUUUUUUACGAAACCAGUGCCAAGACGGGCUCGACUAUAACUGAAGCUAUGGAAGCCCUUGCCAG